CUGCUCCCCUUGGAUAGGAGGCCGAGUUCCCACUAGAGGGUACGCGGACAGAUUGAAGUCAUGGCCAUUCUUUUUGCUGUUGUUGCCAGGGGAACCACUAUCCUUGCCAAACAUGCUUGGUGUGGAGGAAACUUCCUGGAGUUACUUGUUUCAUUAUAUCUGCCAAGACAGGAUUGUGUAUCUUUGUAUCACUGAUUUUGAGCGUUCUCGAGCCUUCAGUUUUCUUAAUGAAGUAAAGAGGUUCCAGACUACUUAUGGUUCCAGAGCACAGACUGCACUUCCAUAUGUUAUGAAUAGUGAGUUCUCGAGUGUGUUGGCUGCACAGCUGAAGCAUCACUCCGAAAAUAAAGGACAAGACAGAGUGAUGGAGACUCAAGCACAAGUGGAUGAACUAAAAGGAAUCAUGGUCAGAAACAUAGAUUUGGUUGCUCAACGUGGAGAAAGAUUGGAAUUACUGAUAAAACAGAACCUUGUGGAUUCAUCUGUAACUUUCAAAACUACCAGCAGAAAUCUUGCUCGGGCCAUGUGUAUGAAGAAUAUCAAGCUUACUGUCAUCAUCAUCAUCAUCAUCGUAUCGAUUGUGUUCAUCUAUAUCAUUGUGUCACCUCUCUGUGGUGGGUUUACAUGGCCAAGCUGUGUAAAGAAAUAAAAAAGAAAACAUUACCAUUAACCAAGGAUAUAAGAGUGAAAGGAAAGGCAAUC